AUGGUACUCAACGGAACGUAUUAUAAACUUGCGACCCACAAGCGAACCAAGCAAAUUGUGGGCCACAAGCGGUACCAGACUGUAUGGUACACAACGGAACGUAUUACAAACUUACGACCCACCAGCGGACCAAGCAAAUUGUGGGUCGUAAGCGGUACCAGACUGUAUGGUACUCAACGGAACGUAUUAUACACUUGCGACCCACAAGCGAACCAAGCAAAUUGUGGGUCACAAGCGGUACCAGACGGUAUGGUACUCAACGGAACGUAUUAUAAACUUGCGACCCACAAGCGAACCAAGCAAAUUGUGGGCCACAAGCUGUACCAGACUGUAUGGUACACAACGGAACGUAUUACAAACUUACGACCCACCAGCGGACCAAGCAAAUUGUGGGUCGUAAGCGGUACCAGACUGUAUGGUACACAACGGAACGUAUUACACAUUAGCGGACCAAGCCACCUGUAG